AAUGGAUGGUGCCACAAGCAGAAGUAUUCAGUGAGUCGGAAAUUACAAAAUGGCUGCCUUUAAGAAUUCCCUGCUGCUUUUGGUCCUUUUGCUGGCCAUCCAUUUGGAGGCCUCGAAAAUAGUGUACAAGAAGCCGCUCUACGGAAAUGGUAAUACGCUCAAGGAGAAACGUCUGCGGAGUAAGGGCCUCAAACCGGAAACCACCACAAUUGGCAGCACUACCGAAGCAGAUUGGCUCACUGCCGUGGAGUUUGUGAUUGUGACAACGCCCAGAAAUGAUUUGGAGACCAGUUCGGAAUUGAAUAAUAAUAAUGCCAGCACCACGGAAUCGAUUGUCGGAGAUGUCGCAACUAAGACGGUAGUAGAAAAUUCUACUACAUUGGCCGAACCAUCCCCAAUACCGCUGAUGACGACCACCACAUCGAGCAGUUUGGCCAGCACAAUUCCCUCACCACCGACGCCAGGAUCAGCGGUAAUACCCCAGCAGGAUAAUCAGCCAGUUCCUUGCACUUGCGGCGUUUUCCUCUCCUCGCAAAUUCCCAAUGGCUUGCCGACAAAGCCAUUGAUCCACCAGGAAUUGGAUCAAAUGUUCCCCUGCAAUGCCAUCGGUCGCAAACAGUGUCAAACUAAGUGUCUGGAGGCGAUCGUUCAACAUCUGCCGAAUUCCGCAAAUAUUGUUUGCUCCACAUUGGGUCACGAUUGUCACAAGGAACGUGCCUAUUUGUUCAUCAAAAACUGUCACAACCAAUGGGUUAAUACCAAUCUGCAGGCGGGCAGGGAAUACUGUUGUCGCGGAGGAAACCCCUACCGGUGUCCUUUAUUGGGUUAAAACUGUGGAAAUUCAAUAAAUGAUUGAUACAAAAAUA